GGGAGACAUAAUAAGAAUAGGUGGGAAUUCUGAGAAGUUAAAAAAUAUGUUAAGGCAGGGGUUCCGGUGGGAGGUGGGGGAUGGAUGCCGGGUGUGUUUUUGGAGGGAUAUUUGGGUGGGGAAUAAAUCUCUUCGAGAUCUAUAUCCAAGGCUUUUUCAAUUAGCUAUCAACAAGGAAGGCACGGUUAGGGAGAAUGGAACAUGGGAAGGGGAAAGUUGGAAAUGGGGUAUAGAGUGGAGGAGAGAGAGGAUGGGUCACGAAAAAGACGAGGAGAGAGGGUUGGGGAUGGUGUUGGCAAGUAUAAAGUUAAGGAAGGGUAUGGCAGAUUCAUGGCGGUGGAAGUAUGAUGCAGAAGGGAGGUACGUUGUAAAGACAGCAUAUGAAUUUUUAGAUCCCGAGGAAUGCUUGCUUGAGAGACAUUUAUGCAAGUUGAUAUGGUGUAAGUUGGUGCCUUCAAAAGUGGGGUUUUUUGGGUGGAGGUUGUGUUUAGAUAGACUUCCAACAAGGUGGAACUUGAGGCAAAGAGGGGUGGUUUUACAAGGGGAUGGUCUGGUGUGUGGGCUUUGUAAAGAGGGUGUGGAAGAUGUUAAUCAUUUGUUUUGCACAUGUAAAUCAGCUUGGUUAGUAUGGGUUAAGGUGAUUAAGUGGUGGGGUUUGGAGGUAGUAAUGCCGGACACAGUGAGGGGUGUGGUGGACUUCUUCCUGUGGUGGUUGGGCAGUGUGGGGGGUAAGGAGAUGGGAGCAUGCAUUUUCUUGGUCACCUCUUGGUAUUUAUGGUUCUGGAGGAAUAUUUUGGUAUUUAGAAGCAAUGGGGAGUUUAAAGAACAAUUGCUUGAAUUAAUUCAAGUGAAGUCUUAUUUUUGGAUUAAAUAUAAGGUGAAUGGAUGUGCUCUCUCAUUAGCUCAGUGGCAAAGCAAUCCCAGGGAAUGUGCAAUGGAGCUGAAGCGUUACAAGAGAUCUCUCAAAGUGUUCACUAAGCAGCAGCAAAGGCAUCUUCCCAAUUAACUUUCACUGGAUGUAUGGACUUCUAGCGGGCAAGCUGGACGGUUGCUUUCUUUGGUAAUUGUUUGGGUUGUCAGCAUGCUUUUGUGCGGGAGUUCUUUUUCUGAUUUUGUUUGGGGUUAUGCAUUUUAUACUCUUUAUAGAUGGGCAGGAGUACCCCUUGUGCUCCAUUUAAUAUAAAUAAAAUUUUGUUUGCUGA